AUGGAAGUGAAUGGUGAACCAGAUGUAGCUGGUAUUUUCAGCGCGGCUUUAAUGCCAUUGAAAGAUAUGAAAGAUGCAGAUAUUUUGGACCAGUAUGAAAUGAACAUGGCUGAUGGAAAUAUAACACCUGACGUUCUAAAACAUUUAUCUCAAAGAACUACACAGAACCAUAGAGAUGGUAUAUUUGGUGAAGAGUUUAGAAAGAAAGUUAGGGAGAUAGAAGGAAGAGAACCUAUUGUACAUGACCUUGCAAACGAAAGUUUACAAAAUGUCAUAAAAACUUACUUUGCAGACAAUGAACCGAGAAGGGAUGAAUAUUUAAGUAAACUCAAAUGGACAGUACCAAAUGAAAUGUUAGUAUUGAAAAACAUGUUCCUUGACAAAAUAAAACCAACUACAGAAAUAAACGACGCAAGACUGAAAGAUUGGGUAAAAGCUUUCCCAUUCACAAAAGAUAUAGUUGGUAACAUGGAAAGAAAACCAGAAUGGCUACAAAAACAUAUAUUUGGAAACGAGCUUAUUCCAUAUGGACAGGCACUGUUUGAAGAGCUUGAACCGGAAACUCAGGAAAGAGUCAUGCAAACAAUAAGCGACGACUCAAAUACAAACUAUGACAAACUCUUUCUAGGAUAUAGGUUACCUGAGAUGGGCGACCAGAGCCAAAAGGCAAAAAGGACAUGGGAAAUUUGCAACAUACUAGAUGAACAUAAUGCAAAGAUGCAACAACUUCAAGCAGAGGGCAAUGAAGGAAAAAGAAGAGUUAAAAACUCAGUCAGGAAGAAAGUAAAGCUUGGUCCACGUGGGUUCUAUUAUGACAUAUAA